AUGAUUACUGAAAUGGAUGUGGGACAGAAGAGGGUUUAUAAUAGCAGUGAUGGGGGUGGAGUAUUAUCUGGGAGUGUGUUUGGAUUGAAUGAUUUGGACGACGAUGAGGACGAGAAUAGAUUUGAGGAGUUGCCGUUGAAGACAAAGAUUUUGAAAAGUAGCAACUUUUCAGAACUAGGAGAAUUAUGGGAAUCAAGACCAAACACACCUUUGAAUUUGAAAAAAGUUAGAUUUCAACAGAAUAAUAGCAAUGGUGAUGGCAGUGACAAUAGUAAUGAUAACGAUGUUAAUAAUAACGAUGGCGACACGCAAGGAUCUGGAGAAGACGAUAAUACUAAUACUAAUACUAAUACUAAUACUAAUACUAAUAACAACAACGAUAAUAACGAUAAUAAUAAUAAUGAUGACAACAACAACAACAACAACAACGAUAAUAAUAAUGGGGAUGACAAUAAUGAACAUGAUGGGGAAAACGAACAUAAUAGUAGAUCUUACCUAACAACUCCUUCCCAACAGAAUAAAAGAAAUGUAGAAGAUCUAAUUCAGUAUGCAAGUGAGGUAAACGACUACGUAGCUGAGAAUAUAGACAAUAUUAAAAAUUUCCCAUCUGAUAUUGUUAAAAAUGAUAUGAUAGGUAGACCAUCAAGCAAUGCUGCCACUGAUAGUUCUUCCGUUUGGGAUACAGUAUCAAAUUUCGAAUUAAGUGAAAAUGAAUUCGAAGAUAAAGAUAGAUCAAGUUCUUUCAUUCUAAAUAUUAAUGAUUCCUCAAGCAUACGAAAAUUUACACAGAUUCAAGCAAAAAGCAGUAGUAAUAGUAACCUAGAUCUAGAAACAUCAUUUUCAAAAAUUUACGAAAAUUCAAAUGAAGGAGUAAACGAUAAAAGUGCUGAUAAUAUUUCCCCUCAAGUUACUUUAGAGGAAAACAGUAAACAUGAUGUUCUUACUGACGUUCAAAACUCUCCAGUUUUGAGCGACGAAAUACAAAAUUUGGAAGGUUUAACCAUUAAAUCCCCCAUUAGUUAUAACGACGAUGACGAACUAAAAAUAGCCCCUCUUAUCGAACCUUCCUUAGGCGACGAUAAUGAAGAAGACAGUGUAACAUUAACUAAAAUUACUCCAGAGGAAUCAAUUAAUAUAUUUCAAGAAACAAUCGACUUAUUAGAAAAAGUAUCCAACUUAGAAGGUGAAGGUGAAGGUGACAACCCUACUUCUAUCGUCAACGAUAAUAACAAAACAAAAGAAGAAGCCAUAAAUUUAGAAUACAAUCAUUUUAAUAUGAAAAGUGUUCCUACAGUAUCAUACAAGGAUUUGUUGAAUAGGAUUCAUACUAAGUGUAUGUUUGGCUCAAUAAUAUACCUUGGUUCAACGUAUUUAUUACAAAGUUUAAUUUUAGAAAGAGAUUUCGAAGAUAAUUCUUUAAGAAUAAGAAGGAAACUAAAAUCAACCGAAAUCCACAGAGUAGUAAUUGCUUCCAUACGGGUUGCAACUAAGUUACUUGAAGAUUUCGUUCAUUCCCAUGAAUAUAUUACAAAGGUUUGUGGUAUUUCAAAAAAACUACUCACUAAAUUAGAGGUUUCAUUGAUUAUUUGUUUAAAGGAUAGUGGCCUAUUGAUUAGAACACAUGAAUUACUGGGUGCAGUAAAAAUUCUUGACGAGAUAAAAGCAUCGAAUAUCGAUGAAUGA